AUGACGAUCUGUACUUAUACACAUAUUCUUGCAUCGGAAGCGGCCAUCGAAGAUCUGAUUAUGCAAGCCAAGAUGAUUAAGUGCGCCGUCAUCGGACUGACCGAGACGAAACGACGCCACCCUCUCAACGCCUUAUAUGAAACUGGAGAAGAACUGUUCUUAGGAACAUGCGACAGUAGAGGUGUUGGUGGAGUUGGGGCGGAGCUACCCACGCCGGAGGCCUCUGCCUCCGAUGCGGCUGGGCUCAUAAGAGCCCAUGUUUGGAACACACGUGGAGGACCCCAUCCAUCAGAAAACAUCCGAGCAAAGACGCAUGGGACAACGUCGCCAGUACCAAGGACCGCGACGCGAAAUCCGGGCCACGCGAGGGGAGCGACAACUAGUCCAGAGCCCACACAGAUCCUGAAGUUCAGUCAACAUUGUUGGAAAAGGUGGCGCGUAUGCGUUGUCUUUCACGUAUUCCCAAAGAAAGAAUCACAAACUGUGAGAGGCCGUCUGUUUCCUUAA